GCAAGUGCAGGCCGAACAACGCUUACUAUUGCCCAUCGUCUUUCAACUGUUAGAAAUGCAGACCGUAUUAUCGUGCUUGAAGAUGGAAAAAUCGUUGAAUCUGGUACACUUCGUAGUGCUUUCAAUUUUACAAAGCUAUUGAGUCUUGGUGAGCAAGAAGCUAAGCAGGCGGACGUGAAGGAAUCAGGCUUAUUGGAUAUCAUACGAUUUGCUCGACAGGAAUGGUUGCUGCUAUUCUUUGCAUUACUUGCCGCGUUGCUUAGGGGAUUCGCGUUCCCCAUAUUUUCGAUCAUCUAUGGUGGAAUGUUUCGGACGUUAGCAAAACCGACAGCUGAGAUGAGGCUUGAUGGCGCUAAAAGAAAUGCAAUAUACUUCACCAUACUUGGUAUUGGUAGCGGUUUAGCGACGUUUUUUUCCGGUUUUCUAUUAAGCACCGCAGGCGAAUCGUUCACAAAACGAUUACGUGUCGCAGUUUUUGCUAGCAUUGUUCAACAGGUGAGAAAACUCAAAAUAAAAUUUUAA